GCAUGUUUAGCCGCGCCGCGGGCGCGAACCCGGACGUCGCCUCCUGGGACGUCAGUGCCUGCACCGAUUUCACCGAGAUGUUCGCGGCCACCAGCGUGGCCGAACCGGACGUCAGGCUGUGGAGCACUGCUGCGGGAGUCACAUUUGACGGCAUGUUCCAGCAAGCGGUUGUCGCGAAUCCGGAUGUGCGGGACUGGAACUUGCAGAAGGCUAAGUCGCUGA